GACAAUCUUGAUAUUCUUGAUUAGUGUAAAGUAAUGGUUUUAUAAGCUAUGGUGGCGUGUAUCUAAUGUAAGACUACAUCGCAGAUCGCACUACGGAAUUUUUUGACUUUGUAACCUAACCUUAUCUUUUGGAUCUCGCUUUUCUAAAAUAUAUGAACAGUUUUUAGUUUAUAAGUAUUUAAUUCAUUGCUGGUUUUAUCAGUUUAAGGCCGGCCUUGUAAUUUGUUAUAACGUUCCUAGCUUAAUUUUUGCAAAUCAUCUGAAGACAAGUAAAGAUGGCUUUAAAGGAGGUAUCAUCAAAUAAAUCGUUUGGAGGCUGGCAAAAAGUGUAUUCUCAUAAUUCUACAGAGCUAGGAUGUUCUAUGAAAUUUGGAAUUUAUCUACCUCCUCAAGCAGAAGAAAAGAAGCUUCCAGUAAUCUAUUGGCUUUCUGGACUUACUUGCACAGAAGCUAAUUUCAUUGAAAAAGCUGGGGCUCAAAGAUAUGCUGCUGAACAUGGGGUGAUUAUUGUCAAUCCAGACACUUCUCCAAGAGACUUAAACAUUCUCGGUGAUUCUGAUGCCUAUGAUUUUGGUGUUGGUGCUGGGUUUUAUAUAAAUGCCACACAAGAUCCGUGGAAAAAAAAUUAUAGAAUGUACAAUUAUGUAACGAUUGAACUACCCAGCAUUAUAAACAGUAAUUUUGGAAUUUCUGAAAAUAAACAGUCCAUAAUGGGACACAGUAUGGGAGGUCACGGCGCACUGAUAUGUGCCUUAAAAAAUCCGGGAUUGUAUAAAUCAGUUUCUGCUUUUGCUCCAAUUUGCAACCCAUCAGAAUGUCCCUGGGGAAUUAAAGCCUUUACGGGUUAUUUGGGUCCUAGGGAAACCAGUUUUUGGUCUGAUUGGGAUGCUACAGAAUUGGUAAAAAAGUAUAAUGGGCCGCCUAUAGAACUAUUGAUAGAUCAGGGUCUGGAAGACAACUUCCUCUCUCAAAAACAACUUCUACCUGAAAACCUAAUCGAGGCGUGCAAAGCUGUAGGAGUUCCUGCCAUCCUCAAAAAGAGAGAAGGUUACAAUCACAGCUACUUUUACAUUGCCAGUUUCAUCGGUGAACAUAUUAAAUAUCAUGCUGAGGCACUACUUAAAUAGAUUAAUGGUUGCACUGAAAUGGUUUUAAAUUUUAUGAUAUUCGUCAUUACAUUUGUUGAUUGUGUAACAUGCUUAAUUUAAUAAAGCUUUAAAUUAUUCAUAUCA